AUGUUUGCUAGUCCCAGAAGAGUCAGAAGAUGCCAUUUUUUGCAGAUUAUUGCCACUUGCUUCAUACUGUGUCUCAUGAUCUUUUGGGGACCAUUGGAUAAUCACGUUGUGAGCCAUAUGAAGUCCUAUUCAUACAGAUACCUCAUCAAUAGCUACCAUUUUGUGAAUGACAGCCUGUCUGUCAACAGGGAUAACUUGGACAGAGUGUCAAGCUACCAGUACUUGAUCAACCACAGAGACAAAUGUCAGCAGCAGGAUGUCCUUCUGCUGUUGUUUGUGAAGACUUCUCCUGAAAACCGUCAUCGGAGGGAUGCAAUUCGACAAACUUGGGGUAACGAGAAGUAUGUUCGUGCUCAGCUUAAUGCCAGCAUUAAAACUCUCUUUGCUUUAGGGCAACCAACAGGUCUGCAGCAAAUGCAGCUGCAAAGAGAACUUCAGCUGGAAGACCGAAAAUACCAUGAUUUGAUUCAGCAAGACUUCUUGGAUACUUUUCACAAUCUGACUCUUAAAUUGCUGUUGCAGUUUAGCUGGGUGAAUGCCUACUGUCCUCAUGCCAGGUUCAUUAUGUCUGCAGAUGAUGAUAUAUUUAUCCAUAUGCCAAAUCUUGUCGCUUAUCUCCAAAGUCUAGCACAAAUGGGUGUUCAAGAUCUCUGGAUUGGUCGUGUCCAUCGUGGAUCCCCUCCCGUAAGAGACAGGAGUAGCAAAUACUAUGUUCCAUACGAAAUGUAUCAGUGGCCCUCUUACCCUGACUACACAGCAGGAGCUGCCUAUGUAAUAUCCAGUGAUGUAGCAGCUAAAGUAUAUGAGGCCUCAUUGACUCUCAAUACAAGUCUUUAUAUAGAUGAUGUUUUCAUGGGUCUCUGUGCGAAUAAAAUGGGAAUUGUUCCACAAUAUCAUGUAUUUUUUUCUGGGGAAGGAAAGGCUCCAUAUCAUCCCUGCAUUUAUAACAAAAUGAUUACAUCUCAUGGACACGUAGAUGAUCUUCACCAGCUCUGGAAGGAGGCUACAGAUCCCAAAGUCAAAAAGUUUUCUUCGGGGAUUUGGGGUAGAAUAUACUGCAGACUAGUCAAUAUUGUGCUUCUCUGUAAACUGUACUAUGAGGACACAUAUCCUUGUUCAGCUGCAUUUUCUUAAUACUUGAAUAUCUGCAUUGAAGAUUCACUGAGCCAAAACA